CGCGAGGUACGUCUCUUUCUCUCGCCGUCGGGUCGCGCGUCCCGUUAGCGUCGCCGCGCGCGCGGAAACGAAGGAUGGAGAGCGAGCAGCGUCACUAUGAGCUUCGCAGCCGAAGCAGAUCGCGCUCCCACACGCCUAUGGUCCCGAGCCGUCCGCCGCCGGAGCCGGAGAUGACGGAGCGGCACUACGAUCUCAGGAACUGGAGCCGGGAGAGAUCUCACACGCCUGGAGAGGUGACCAGUAGCAGGAGGUCUGGCUCUAGGUCGUUAAGCGGCAAUGUGAAGACGCAUGAGAAGAACAUGGAGAUCAUCGAGGAGAGCAAGGAGGGAUCUGUCACGGGUAGCCUGACGGAUAACCAAAGCACAAAGUCCGAGAGUUCUGCCGUCGUCACGAGAAAGCCGGAACGCCGGUCGGAACGCCAGCGGGCCAAAAAGCAAAUGUUUGUCAAUGGUCAGAGCGAGAGUAUGGAGGACGCGUCCGACCAGAAGGCCGAGCGGAGACGCAGAAGUGUUACACCACGCAGUUUCUUUACCAGCGACUACUCGUCCGAAGAGGGAGAGAAGGACGAUCGUUCCAGUAGAGCGGGAUCCGCCUAUGAGAUUUACAAGCUGGCUGGCGAAUGGUGGAACGUUUUUCCAAAGACAGACUAUACGUACUCGCCGACGUCGCAGUAUCGUUACGAGAUAGCCCCGGGUAUACUAGCUAUGCCCAAUAUGUCGAGGCGGCCCAUACACGUUAACGACAACGGAAGUACCGUAUCUCAGAUCAGUCGUCAAAAUGUAAGUCAAGCUUCGCGCGGAACGACGGAAAGCGGAAUCGCCGACAUGGAUACGGUCGAUUUCAAAGAGGCUGCUUCUCUACGCCAUUCCUCCGAGGAUAAUUACCGCGCGAGUAAGUCUACGGCAAGAACGACUCUGUACAAAAUGACAUGCGUAGACCAAUACACAAGUCACAAAGAGUUAGUUUAUUCGGACCCAGGAGAUUCAGCUUUUCGGACAAGAUACUUAUCGUGGGCAAACACUCCAAUUGGACAUGCAUAUACUGCUGAUUCUGACACUGAAUUGGACGAGAAUUUUGUAAAAUCAUCAACCAAAAUUAAUAAAACCUGGAGGAUUGUACGGUGGUUCAUGUACUUUACAACUUUCGUUGUCGCCUGCUUCAGGAAAACGGUCGAUUUCUUCAAAUUUAGAACGGAUAGGGAAAGGCGUUAUUAUGGCACACAAGUUCAUCGAUUAUCCAAUGUAUCCAAAUGGAGCAAAUUGUGGGAAACUCUGAACCGUUAUACGCACAAUAUGUACUUCUUCUUUGUCAGAGCGCUUGUACUCGACACUUGGCUGUUGAGUCGAUUCACUGGCAUUAGAAAGUGGUUGCAGGGAAAAGGCCCGAAAAUUCUUUGGGUCACACUGCUACCGCUACUACUUUUGCUUGGUGGUUGGUGCAUAACACAAUAUUUGUCGCUUCUUUCUGGUAUUAAAACCGUGUCCGAGACAGCGACGGAAAGAUCGUUACCUAACAUACGAGGGGAAGACUAUAAGAGUAAAAUUAAUGAAGAAAUAUUGGCCAGCAAUGAAAUAAUCAAAGAAGCUUACAAAAAUUUAAUCAAUAGGAUAGAAAAGCUCGAGAAUAAACAGACGCAUCAAAUGGAACAUCUUAUAAAUGUUACUCAGACUUUAGAAGAUCGUCAGCAAAGGGAUGCCAAUUUCUGGAGGGAGUACGAUGACAAAAUUAUUGAUAUGGAAAAUAAAUUGGAUAUCAACGAAUUGAAAAAUAUUGCACAUAGCGAACUUAAAGUCAUCAAGUAUGAGGUUGAGAAACUGAGCAAACUGUAUUCCGAAUUAAAAUCUUGUUGCGACACCAAUGCAGAAUCCAUCGCGAAUCAAGAUAUAGAAAAGACUGUGGAAAAAAUCUUACUUAGCUACUUCCCUCCUGGGAUUUCGAAAGAAGAUCUCGUGAAGAACAUGCAGAAUUUAUUCGCAUCUCGUAAGAUAGAAGGUCAAAAGAGCUUUGGUGAUGACACCGAUAGUGGAAGCAUUCGUGUCUCGGACGAACAGAUACGUAAGAUAGUGAAGAAAGAAUUGCAAAUUUACGAUGCGGAUAAAACGGGUCUAGUAGAUUAUGCUUUGGAAACAGGAGGUGGUCAGAUUAUUAGCACGCGAUGUACUCAGCGAUACGAAAUAAAUAUGAGAGCCUAUACUUUGUUUGGUUUUCCGCUGUAUUACGAAAGAAGCGAUCCGCGGACAGUAAUACAGGGAAAUCCGAAACAACCUGGUGUCUGUUGGGCCUUCCAAGAUUUUCCCGGAUAUCUCAUAAUAAAGUUGCGAUCUGCCAUUUAUGUAACUGGCUUCACUCUGGAGCACAUCCCCAGAAGGAUUUUGCCGAACGGAGAUAUAUCGAGUGCGCCCAGAAAAUUCAAUGUCUGGGGAUUGUUGAGCGAGGACGAUCUCGAGCCUGUGAUGUUUGGCGAGUACGAAUUCACGGCGAAUUCUGACGAAAGUUGGCAAUAUUUUCCAGUUCAGAACACAGAGAUCAAGAGUCCAUACGAAUAUGUAGAAUUGAGGAUACACAGCAAUCACGGGGAGCUAAACUUCACGUGUUUAUACAGAUUUCGCGUUCACGGGAGAUCAGCUUAGGAAUUGAUCGCGCCAUGGUUCCUCUUCACAAAACAUUCGCAAGAUCGUUCGAGCAAUAGCAAGAACGAGCCACAGCUCUUCUCAAAUACGUGCCUUCAACUACCGUUAACUAUAAACGCGAUUUGCCACAGCACCUGUAACUAUAGUUGUGAAUACAUCGAUUAUUUAAUGCCUUUGUAAUAGAUUUUCAACGAAGCGAUCAAAAAAACUUCAUACACGCGCCGAUAUUUAAUACACACGAGACGGGAGCCGUUUCCGUCGUCAUUUAAACGCGUCAAACACUGUAUAUACAUUCAAUAACGUCGAUAAUUUAUACCGAUCAAGAAGAUUGCACGAUUGAUUGGGUCAAGCGGGAAAACAAUUACGAGCGUCGGCCCAAUGGUGUUCUACAAUUAUUGCCUAUAUAUCUUCACUGUAUGGCCUUGCUAUAACUCGAGGAAAGCCUUAAGAGAAAGAAAGGAAACCUUAAAGAAGAAACAGUUUCGUACAUAUCUCUUGUUCGACAAACGCGGGAGAACGAUUAAGUGAGACGGAUAAAGAAAAUUGGCAAAGGCGAUUUUGUAAUUUCGUAACGAAAUUUUGGGGUUGAGAAAGAGUGAAAAGGGGAGAGUUUGUCCGUAUAAUGCGUCGUGUAAAUAUCGAUUUGGCAGCGUCACGUGCAAGACUGACACUUCAAAAGUUACCCCAAAGCUGAGUGAAUCAUAAUAUUCGCAAUAACGCGACAGUACAAAUUAUAAGCGAUCGUAACGAUCAAUUAAUUAUAGUUAAGUACUAUUAAUUGCUAAUUUUUAAUUGUGCAACACAGCGAGUGGUUUUCGGCCGCCUUUGUAAGGAUCUAAACGAUUAAUAACAGCGGCAGUAACACUCCUCGAUUGUAUACAUGUAUGUAUUUAUAAGAUAUUUAAGUCCUCUUUUUGUUUUUUUAUUUUAAGAUUGCGAUGCGCACGUUCUCGUUUCGUAAUAUACAGCGUCGCUGGCAGUGAAACGACCAUCGCCGCGUCGAAAACGCGAUUACCACCGCGUUUUUUGUGUAACAAUCUUUCCACGCACGCGCUAACCGCAUUAAAUGAAAUGUGCAAAUAAAAGUUGCGUUUCACACGA